CGCUUCCCAAACACCUCUGCCCCUGCAAUUCUGCACAUUACAGCACAUGGUGCUGUUCUAACGGGAGCGUUUGCGUCGUGUCGCGUCGCGGCAAAACGGACGCCUCUGGACGAGUCAGGAGGCUUUGAAGCCUCCUAUUCUCGUCUAUGGUGCCGCUCCGCAAACGCCCGAACGGUGCGGUUGCGGUGGUUUUGCGGAUCGGUAACACCACUCAAACUGCAUUAUAGGCGUUUGUGUGGGGGCGUUAUUAACGCUCGGCACAACGCCUCCCUAAGCAACCGCCGCUAA